AUUAGCUUUAUGCCGCAAAUCAGACGAAAACAGAUGGGACACCUGCUCGGUUUAUUUUUACAGUGCGUACUAAACUCUUAAUAUUUCGUUAGGUAUGCUCGACUUUGUCUCCAUCAACGAUGGCUUCUACGGAGUGGACUUUUCCCGUGCUGACGACACUUUUAUCCGAUGUAUCCUGUUCGACAUGAAUUCGCUCUGGGUCGAACAAGUGCCUAUUACUGCCCUGAUCGAGCGUGAGCAUAAACGGAAUCCAAUCAUCAGUUGCAAUGAGACUAUUGUCGAUAGCACUCUGUUCGCUAAACCGGCCACACUAUACACGGUCGAACAGGGUAAUGGUGACGAAAGCGAUCGACUGGUUACGUUGACCGCCAAGUACUACGUGGGUGGUAUGCCAGUCACGUUUGGAUUUGAACUAAUGGUGGGCACCGCCUGCCAGUUCUCGGAGUACAUGACGAUACCACUCUGGCGCGCAAUGCUGCUGCUCGAGACUCAAAAUCAUAGUCUGAAGCAGAUGCUAGUGAAAAAGGACGCUGAGCUUGAGCAGUAUCGCAUAGAGGGCGCAGUUCUGAAGCGAACCACCCUGCAGACACCGGUCUUUAAUGAGCAGCUUUUCGAGAAGCAGUUCGCUGACCAAGGCGCAGUGGGAAAAAUUGUGGGGCUGCUUGCCCGAGGCCAACGCCAACGGACCGAUCUUAUGCGGGCGGUAAGCUUCGUCGACCCAGCAAACACCGUCGCAGAAACUGAGACCACCACCACCACCGCCGCUCAACCUGGAGUAUCCUGCAGUAGUGGAAACAACAGGUCGCCACGAACCGGUGCCAAUAAACGGAAAUCCAAGCGCUGGCAUCCAUCAUUCUCCAAGCCAAGGAAUCCAUCGAUGGCGAACAUUCCAAACCCUUCAUUCUGGUGGCCGGUGGACGGUGACUAAGGAUGGCGCUGGACCCAGACAACGUUUGGCCGGUCCACUUGGCUAACAGUGAUAAAGCUAACAUCCCAAAUCAAAAUGGAAUGAUACAAUAAAACGUUAGAGACGUUUGUUUACUGA